UUAUCGAUUCUUCCGGAUCAGUUUCAUCCCGUUUUGUGUCUUUCCUACCUGGUCUGGUUACAUCAUGCUUGUCGAAUUCGCUCUGGAAGGGUUUCUUUAACCGUUUCCGUCAUCGAAGCUGUACAAUGUCGAUCACGGACUUCGUCCUCGUAUCCGGAUAGGCAACAAUCCUCUGGAAAUAAUAUCCCUUGAAAUGACUAUCUGACAUCUGGCUUCAUUCUACGAUGGUCAUGUUGGCUUGGAGCUUGUCUCAAAUGUCUCAGGCAACAAUUUUCUUGCUAUCCUUGGGAUACUGUCUUAAAUAAUUGCGGGUUUCUCGAGCCCUAGAUCUGAGGCUCAAGAAAUAUAUUCAUCUUUCUCGAUUCUUUCAUCCACAUCGUUGAUUCUUGAUUCAUGAUGGACCGCAGGCAUACUCUCAUGGGCUUGCCCACAGAACUGCAUAUUCAUAUCGCCUCGUAUCUCUCCUAUCCCGAUGCCCUAGCUCUCAAACACACUUGCCGGCAUUUCUUCUGCUUUGUCUACACAGGAGUUCAUCUCAAGGUCGACUGGCUGGUGGAACGUUUCGAACGAAAGUUGGAAUGUCCGAUGGAAAAGUGUUCUUUCCGAACUGACGAGUCGUUCUGCAACGAAAGGGUUCGAGGGAUCAUGGAACGAAGGCGACGACAUGCUGAGUGUCGACGAGUCGCUGGCGGCUGUUUGGUCGUCGAGGGAAGAACCUGUCAGAGGGAUAUGGUGCCGACUUGGUUGAAGAGACAGGGUCGGAUAGCACUGGCGAGGAACCUGGGAUAUGAAGGUUCGUUUGAGUGAGACAGUUUACUUUGCUGCUCUGACUGGCCUUCUGUUUUGCAGUCUUCAUUAUCGGGCUUAUUUUCCUCUCCAUUAGCUUGGUGUGGAGUCUUUCUACAAGGCUUCUGCUCAGCGAAAACCGAU